AUGUCGGAGACAAACUCGAAUCUUGUCACAGACACCAAAGAACACAGAAACGAUUCAAGAUCCGAGUCCCGUGAUGGGCCAGUGCCGGUCAGGUACCCAUCUGGGCCAGUCUUGGUCAUUAUUGUCAUCGCGUUGAUGCUCAGCAUGUUUCUGAGUAUCAUCUCCACCGCGAUACCAAAGAUUACGGUCCAAUUCAAGAGCAUGGACGAUAUUGGAUGGUACGGCAGUGCCUUCUUUUUGACUCUCGCCGCUUUCCAGUCAGCCUGGGGCCAUAUUUACCAGGGGUUCUCCUUGCGCGUCUCUUUUCUGACUGCCAUUGCUAUAUUUGAAGUGGGAAGCCUGGUUUGCGCUUUGGCGCCAAACAGUAUGGCAUUGAUUAUUGGACGGGCCAUCCAGGGUAUGGGGGGAGCUGGUCUCACUGGCGGAUGCUACACCAUUGCAGCCUUUGUUGCACCCCCAGAGAAAGUCCCGAUACUCAUUGGUUUACUUGGAUCUACAUUCAGUAUAGCGAGUAUUGCAGGGCCUCUGCUAGGAGGUGCCUUUUCGCAGCACCUUACUUGGCGUUGGUGCUUUUACAUCAACCUCCCGAUCGGUGGUGUGGCUGCCGGGGUCUUGUUUUUCUUCUUCCGCACCCCUGAGCAGGCUAAGUCCGGACUUGCAAGAUCACUGAAAGAGAAACUGAAACAGUUCGACUAUAUUGGUCUGGCAGUCUUGCUGACAGGUUUGAUUUGCUUCUUCCUCGCGCUUCAGUGGGGAGGCGUGACAAAACCGUGGAGCGACGGCUCUGUCAUUGCUUGUCUUGUUCUCUGGGUUAUCCUGACUGCGGCCUUUGUGAUUAUCGAGUGGUGGCAGGAAGACCGGGCUCUGGUGGCUCUGCGCAUAUUGAAGAGUAGGAGUAUCGGCACUUGCUGUGCCUUCAUAUUUUUCCUCAAUGCCGCCAACUUUUCUCUGAUCUAUAACCUGCCAAUCUACUUUCAGGCUAUCAAUGGAGACUCUCCUAUGACAAGCGGGAUUAAAAGCAUUCCAACCAUUCUCUCAACUUCCAUCGCAACUUUCAUAUCAUCUGCCAUUGUCACCAAAAUCAGAUACUAUCAGCCAUUCUUGCUGGCCGGCAGUAUACUUGCGACUAUCGGCGCUGGCUUGAUAUACACUUUCAAUCUGUAUUCCGGUCUAGGCUCUAUUAUCGGAUAUCAAAUUAUAUAUGGCACAGGGACCGGGCUUUCAGUUCAGAUCCCCGUCAUUGUAGCAGGAUCAUUGAGCUCAACAGAGGACCAGCCCAUUACCAUGGCAACUGUUUUAUUCUUCCAAUUCAUAUCCGCUGCCUACGGCGUCGGCUCCACAGAUUCUAUCAUGAACAAUCUACUUGUGCAAAGUAUUCCAAGAUACAUGAAGGGAGUCAGUCCCGAGGAUGUCAUCAAUGCCGGGUCAAGUGGGCUCCAAGAUGUCUUCUCGGGCUCAGAACUCCUUGGUGCGCGACGCUCCUAUCUCAAUGGCUUACACGGCAGUUGGGCUAUGGGAGUUGCACUCUUUGGUAUAACAUUCCUUUGUGCCCUUAUUUCGAAGCAGGGAAGCAGAAUUCCGCGACCGGGUAAUAGGAAAGAAGACCAAGGUACCUCUGUUCCUAUGGCCUAG